GCUCUGCCACACCCUUGUUUGAGGGUAAGCUUUCCCUUCUCUCCCACAACUCGAUGGCCUGGAAAUUUACACUCCAGGAUUCUAGGACAAACACAGCGUAUGUGGGCUCUGCAGUCAUGACUGAUGAGACAUCCGUGGUUUCCUCGCCUCCACCAUACACGGCCUAUGCUGCACCGGCCCCUGAGCAGGCGUACGGCUAUGGGCCAUACAGUGGUGCGUACCCGCCAGGAACUCAAGUUGUCUAUGCUGCGAAUGGGCAGGCGUAUGCCGUGCCCUACCAGUACCCGUAUGCAGGAGCUGCUCCCUCCCCUGUGGUCCCAGAUAGGACUCAUGGGGCAGAGCCUUCACAGCUGCCCCUCAGGGGCUCCGUGUCACGGACGGCAGGGGGAGCAUUGUUUGCCGGUGAGUCAUCCGGGCCUGAAGGCGGUGAAGGUGGCAGAUAUGUCAGCAUCCUGUGUGGUGGGGACAGGGACAACCGCACAGCACCUAGUGGGAUGUUGGUGAGUCAUCCGGGCCUGAAGGCGGUGAAGGUGGCAGAUAUGUCAGCAUCCUGUGUGGUGGGGACAGGGACAACCGCACAGCACCUAGUGGGAUGUUGCCCUGCCCGGUCCUGUGACUACAUGUCCCUAACCACCACCACAGGCUUGGUGGGCCACAAACCUCCUCCUGAACACAGCCCACAGCCCACGGCUUUGCCCACGGUCCCCUCCCAGCUUGCCCGCUCCAGCUCCCCUGAGUUCAAAGCCAGCCCACACCUUCCCAUGCGCUGGACACCCUCCCCGGCGCUGGUGCAGGAGGCUGAGUGA